CGAUCCUUUCAUUUAUGUUGCACUUGGUGGUGCUUCCAAGGGAUGGGGGUAGGUCGAGUGAUUGGAUUGGGCAGAUUAGAGUCACAAGACCGAAGGGAAAAUAAACUGUACAGCUGUACAGACAAUCUGAGUCUGCGCUUCGGAGAAAAUGAGUGAAUCAUUAGUAGUAUGUGAGGUCGAUGAGGAUUUGGUCAAAAGGUUACGAGAGUUCCGAUUCCGGAAGGAAACCAACAAUGCGGCCAUUAUCAUGAAAAUUGACAUGAAGCGACAGCUUGUGGUCCUUGAUGAGGAACAUGAGGAUAUAUCACCUGAUAAUCUGAAAGAUGAAUUGCCUGAAUGUCAACCAAGAUUUUUGGUCUAUAGUUAUAAGUACCAGCAUGAUGACGGCCGAGUUUCCUACCCACUGUGCUUCAUCUUCUCUAGCCCACUCGGGUGCAAACCUGAGCAGCAGAUGAUGUAUGCAGGCAGUAAAAACAAGCUUGUGCAUACUGUGGAAGUGAGCAAGGUGUUUGAGGUCAGGAAUACUGAGGACUUGACAGAGGAGUGGCUUCGGGAGAAACUGGGAUUCUUCCGUUAGGCGCCUCUAGUCUGACUGGAUGAAGAUGUUGGGGAGAUGACCAAGACAGCAUGUGAUGUUAAUUAGGGGAGAAAAUGCCAUGGUCUGGCUGUGUCUUUUCCAUUGUCUGUGUCUAACCAAGGCUGUCACCCCACCCCCUCACCCCCAGGCCCCCAGCCCUUUCCCCAUAUGAUAGCUUUCCAGAAAGUAUGUUUGUACUCCCAAGAGUUAAGUGAGAGGGAAAAAAAACACUAAGCUUUGUUUUAUUAUUCUUAUAAAAGAGCACAUUUUUCAACAAACUGAAGAGUUAUGUUAGGAAUCAAUGACUAAGGCACAUUCCAAAUAUUUUUAUUAGUAAGGCACUGCCGAUUGCCUAUGUAGAUGUACCUAACCAAAUGUGCUUAAAAUACUAUUUCCACAGCAUUUGUGCUGUUUCACCUCAUCUUAACUUGUGGUGUUGACAUAUGAAAUUCACUGGCGUGGUUGUACUUCUCUAGUUUUUUUUUUAAUUUUUCCCCCCUGUUCUACAUGAUACUCAACUACUUUGUUUUUUUUUUAUUUUUUAAACUUGUGACUCAAACCACUUAAUAUGUAGUCUUAACAAUUUAUUACAUUUUUUUCCAUGAUCAAGUACUAGUUACAUUAUGAAUAAAGUGUUUCCGUCAAAGCCUUUGGGAGAAAAGUGCAGCUAAAAUACCCUUUUUGCCAUUUCCAGGAAUUUUUUUGGUUUCACAGUUUUUGGAUGGCUUUUGUAUUUUUGAUAAUUGGUUGGGCCUGGGAAUGGGCCCACUCCCUUGUCCAUCUGAUUGGGAUCACCAGAAUAUGAAGUUUACACAAAGGAUCCAAAGAUCUAAUGAAAUAGGUACAUACGUAUGUGCACAUACUUAAUGGAAAUAUCGACCCUGGUUUUCAUACAAUUGACCACAGAUUUAAUGUAAUUGACCUUUCUCUUCCAAAGAUUGAUCAGCUAAUUAAAAAUUCACUGACACAGAAUCCAGUAUCCAUUAUAUAUAGUUUAAAAAAGUCAAAUUUAUAUUUGAUAGUAGUCUGUGAUGGGCAUGGAGAUUUUAUUGUACUCUGUCUUUUGAUUGGAAACAAAAUGUAUAAAUAAACAAUAUUUGUCGCA